AUUCCAUCUCCAGGACAUUCGUCAAUUUGUCACUUUUUAGAAAUGGCUUCUCUUAAAUUUGUCCGCUCGGUCUGGGAGUCCUUCCGAGCUACCUCGGGUCUGGAGCCUCGGCUAUUGAAUAAUCUCCGUGUUACAGCCGCCAGGCCCGGUGUGGUCAACUUUGAGCUGGAUAUUCAGAAGGAGCAUACAAACCGCUUGAAUAUCCUCCAUGGAGGCACCAUUGCAAGCAUGGUUGACCUCGGAGGCUCGUUGGCUGUGGCAUCUCGCGGCUUGUUCGCGACGGGUGUGUCAACAGACCUAAAUGUCACAUACUUGAACUCAGGUGGCAAAGUUGGUGACCGAAUCCUGGCCGAGGUGACCUGUGAUAAAUUUGGCAAGACUCUUGCUUUCACGAACAUCAAGUUCACGGACCCCAAUGGACAUGUCGUUGCCCGUGGGAGCCACACGAAAUACGUGGCCCAGGCUUGGAAGGAUCCCAAUAAUAUUGUGGAGGAAAUGAACAAGCUCAAGGACCAAUGAGAGCGAAAUCGGGUAUUACGAUCGAUGAAACCGGAGCGUUUUGGUCGAACAAGUCUCACAUUUACUUCAAGUCAUUGAGAACAUUGAAAGACGCCCGAAGAGAAG